AUGGACCCAACCACGACACCAGAGGAGAUGGAACUCCCAAUAGAUAUGGGAAGUGGUACAUCCUCCUUUCUGCAUUGUUAUGAGACUUUGAUCCCAGAUCUGCUGAUUGUAAUCAUUGCUCUGGUGGGGAUGGCAGGAAAUGGAGUUGUUAUCCAUCUCCAGGGAUGUUGGAUGCGCAGGAACACCAUCUCAGUCUACAUCCUCAACCUGGCUGCAUCGGACUUCCUCCUCCUCUGUUGCUAUUUUAUUGGCUCCCUGCUUGUCCUGUGCUUGGGUCGCACUUAUAUAUAUAAUCCUGCUAUCUAUGCCAAUAUAGCAAUUAUUCCAUACAUUACAGGUCUGAGCAUCCUCAGUGCCAUUAGCAUAGAGCGCUGCCUCUGUGUCCUAUGGCCCAUCUGGUAUCGCAGCCACCGUCCAAGAUACACGUCAGCUGUUGUGUGUACCCUAUUUUGGACCUUAUCCCUGUUUCUUGGCAUCCUAGACUGGUACCACUCUGAUUUUCUAGAUGAGGUUUCUGGAAAAUCUGUUGGCUGGAAAAAUGUUGAUUUUAUCAUAAUUGCAUGGCUGACGUUUUUAUUUCUAACUCUGUCCAUGUCCAGCCUAGCCCUGGCAGUCAAAGUCCUCCAUCGUGGUUCCCAACGGAAGCCACUAACCAGGCUGUAUUUGACCAUUCUAGUCACGGUCCUGGUCUUCCUCAUCUGUGGCCUGCCCUUUGGAAUUUACUGGUUCCUGUUAUUCUGGCUUCCAGUUCCUGCUCAUCACUUCCUUUGUCAUCCUUAUUCAGUCCCAAUUGUCCUGUCCUGUAUUAACAGCUGUGCCAACCCCAUCAUUUACUUCUUAAUUGGCUCCUUUAGGCAGCAGCAUAAGACUCUCAAGCUGGCCCUUCAGAGGGCUCUGCAGGAUUCCUCUUAGAAGAAUGAAGGUGGAGAAAAACGUAUUCAGGAAACCUUGGGGGUUGGACAGUGGAGUGUCUUAGGGGUGAAGAGCUCACUUUUAUUAGAUGGAUGUGGUUUUGAGAGUCAAUGCUACGGUGUUUACUCUUCUGUUAGACUCAUGCAUUGGAAAUGCUUGGGUGAUUUUGUGAUGCUUUCAAAUAGAUAGUUUUACAUGGAUUUUCUUUUUAAAAUAUAUUUAG